UAGAAAGUUUUCUAGACAAGGCCUUGGUAUCUGGGAAUAUAGGCUAUAUUUGUUUGGUGAGACAACGGCUGAUGUUUCAGAUCCAAUGUCUGAGCUUUUGAAAAAUAAGCGUGAGAGAGCCAGGCUAGCGGCACAGCAUUUUUCGAAAUCUAAAAAGCCAAAGGCAUCAUAUCAUUCUCAUUCGGAGCAGCCCCAGUACCAGGCUCCUAUCUUUCAGCCAAUGAGUUUGCAAAAUCAGUUUGGAGGUUCAUUGACAGUUUCUCCUCAAACUGCUCAGACAAACCCACAGUUCUUACAUGGGGUGACAAAAACAAGGGAUUCAAAAGAAGAGAGGAAUGUUGAAAAACAUAAAGGCAAUUUCGAGCAGCAUUAUAACAGGAAAAAUUCACAUACAGAGGGCAGUGAGAUAUUGGAAGGAGAUAAUAAAGCUAUCUCAGUUAGUAUUAAGGUGGCUAAAGAAAGGAAUUCUCUUGUUUUCAAGGAAUCUAAUGCAAUUAAUAACCAGCCUGGACCUAAGGCCCUAUCGCUUUACAGA